CAUGAUAUUUUGCUUAAGAAGUCACAAUCGGAUUUGGAAGAUAAAUUAAAUUUGCACAAGCAGAAUGAAAUUUUAUCUGAACGUCUUGAUAACACUUUGUUGGAACUAAAAUCCGUUCACCAGGCGUACGAAAGUAAAGUCCAGAAACAUGAAGAUUUUUUGAAAACUUCGCAGGAAGAAAUGCGCAAACUUCAAAACGAGAUUAAGAAUUUGGUCGCGAAGUAUAAUAAACUGCAAAAGGAUAGCGAUGACAACAUUUUGGAAUUGACUAACAAGAUAUUUGAUUUGGAAGACGUCAUCGACAACGAUAAAGUUAAAAAAGCCCAGGACCAAGAGUUACUUCAAAAUACUUGGAAAACUGUUCAAAGUAUUAAUGAUACCUUGAAACAAGUUGCGCAACAAGAUGUUGAAGUUGAAGUUUUGUUUAAAUCCAAAACUUUUGUUGAUACUGAUGACUCCACAAAUGCUUUGGCGCUGAAAGACUUGUCGGAGGAGCUAGAACGUACCAAAACCAAUAUCGAACACUUUAUGAGCACUUACAAACUUUUACUGACGGUCUCCAAAGAAAAACAUGAUUUGGAAAUCAAGUACGAAACGUUGAAGACACAAUCAGAUACAAUUUUAGCACAUAACAAGUGUUACAACAAAUUCAUCAACAAUGCAAGGAGCGACGACGAUUUACGUGUGUUGGUGGAUGCAAAUUUGGCUAAAAUUGAUUCACCACAAGUUGACUUGGCGCAAAAAGUAGUCGACUUGAAAACUAAGUUUGAUCAUUUGCUUGGUUUGUCCAAGCGUUUAAUGAAGUCUCCAAAGUUAGACCUGGAUGACAAAUUGUCUAAUUUAAAUUCCACCCUGGUUGACGAGUAUGUGCAACUUGUUUUGCACACAAGUGCGCCGAGUGUUGUACUUCCUGGCGUUGAACAAAUGUUAAAAGAUAUGCAGGAUAUAGAAGACCAGUACGCAGGCCUCGAUGUUUCGUCUGAUAUGCCGAGUUCCCAGGACAACACAGAUUACUCCAACGACUUGAUCGAGGUUGCAACAAGUCCUGAGUUAGAUGCAACACCAACAAACGUCCACUUGAAACAUUUUUCCACUCCGCGGCUAAAAUUGUCGUACAAGUCUUUAACCGAAGUGCACCAGGCCGUGUGCAAAGAAUUGAACGACUUGAAAAUUAAAUACCAAGCAGUUCAAGACAAGUACAACGAGAUAUCAUCCAAAUACAACGUUGAUGUUGUGCUCGAGGAGAACACAAAACUCCAAAAACAAAUCGCCGGUCUGUUCCAGCAACUCGAGGACCAGACUCAGCAUCUGUUACAAGCUCGCGCUGACAACGAAAAACUGCAAAAAGACUACGAUUUGCUGGAGAAUAAAUACAGUAUGGCCAAGUUGAAGUAUAUCGAGUUCGAUGACAAGAAAAGUAAGAUGAUUAAGCAAUUGAAGGUGGAGCUCGAUUCCAAAACUGAGGAUGUUGAUGCCCAAGUCGAGGCCAAAGUUAAGGAGACUAGGGUGGAGUACGAGGCGAAAUUGUUGAAGAUGAAGAAUCAAAUGAAAGAACUCUACAACAAAGAGGUUGCUAAAUUAGAAUCGAAGAUGCAGGAGGAGAGAUCGGGUUUGGAACAGGUUCUCGACAACUAUAAGAGCAAGAUUGAAGACUACAAAGAUCACAUCGAGCAACUCAGCAAGCAGCUUUAUGAAAUGGGUGAAAAGUUUGUCGAAGAACAAGACAAGAACAGUUUGCUGCAAAAUGAAAUCUCGAUUUUGAGACAGGAGCUGCGCCAGCUCAAGAGCAAAGAAUUUGAGGCAUUUUUGUCCUCUCAUAACAAUCAAUUGGCUAGCGAUGAACUGAGCGAGAUGGCAAAGAGGUCAACAUUUCCAAGAGUUGCUCAGAAGUCAACGUCAAAGGUAGUGAAACCAGAAGGUGGUAAUCAUGUCAUCGAAGAAAUAACAACCACCACGACACGUACUGUUAAGCCUGUAUCGAGUGUUGGUUCGAAUAUCUUUAUGGAAGACGAAGAUGAGGUCUUCAAUAACACCUACUUGAUGGACCUGAAGGCGGGCCGUUGCGAAGUACCCGGUACCAGCACGACAUUCAAGAGUUGCGAAAAUUUGGCCAACAAUAAGGACGAGUCGAAUUUCAAAAGGCUGUCGGAGCUGAGAUGGAGGAAUUCUAUGUGCCCCCCACACCUGAGGAGCUCCUACGCCACCGAGACCGGCCUGGAAGAGUUCAGGGAGAAUGAGGUUAAGUCUGUGGACACGAGUGCAACUCACCUCCUGCCAUCAGACAACGUAACAACCGGCAGACGAUCGACAUUAUCCUCAUCUGGCCUGAAAUGGAACAAGGAUCGCGGCCAGGGCACCAGCUAUCGAAAACCAGGUCCUCCGACACCCAGCAAACACGCCGGAAGGAACAGCAUCGGUGGCAGAAAUAGUCUUCAUAGUUCCGAUCUUCCCAGGGACAUUUUGAAGGAGAAGAAUGACAAUAAAUCCACCAACACCGGUGCUGUUAAGAAAGCGAAAGCCAGCACUCCGAACAGAAUAAAGGCCAUGUUUGGGGGAUCCAAAACGCAACAGAAUAACGAGUUCCGUCGCAAGUCUCGUCGUCGCAUCAGUUUGAAUAUCAGUAGGAAAUUGAAAACAUCAUUUCGUUGUUUACGUAACAACUCGAUCGCUUCGGAAAUCUCCUCGGACUCAUCCGGCAUCGAAAAACACCAGCAAAGGAAGCGUAUUGCGUCCGCGCCCAAACCUGGCGCGAUUGCAUCUUGGAGGGAGCCGAAGAAGUCGAUUAUCGACUCGUUUUCGUCGAGUACCACCGAUGAUGAUGAUGAUGAUGAUGAUGUUUCUGUCGCAUCGAACAACGUCUCACAUGGUGUGGACGACUUUGGAGUUUUCACUGAAGAUUUAAAAUACUACGUGGAUUUAUUAAAAGAAGGAUUCGAGACAAAGUUGAGUUUGAGGAGAAGAAAUCGCAUUGGUGCACAGUCGACGCCGAAAAAGUUGGACAGGAAAACUUUGCUGGAUGAUCAGAAACCUACAGCAUCUUGCAGUGUGAAAGUUGACUCUCCAACAGAAGUUUUGCGUAUCCAGACAGACGAUCGCCAAAACCUCGUCACUAGCAACUUUAUCCUGACCCCUAUCAUCGAGCAACAAACACCAGCGGAUGCCCAAACUCCGCAAAAUCUCGUUCGCCAAGUUUUGAGCAUCAGGUCGUCGACUCCUAGAAUUUCCCAAUCUUUUACCAGUCCCAAUCCCAAUCAUGUGGUGAUCGAUCUGCCUUCGAUUAGAAGAUCGAGGUUGUCAUUGCCGAGUAGUGCUGGUCACAGGACGGUCAUUACAUACAGCGAACAGGAGCAGAUAGUACUUAGUGGACGAAAUCGAUUAUUUGAGGAGAAUAUGGUGACGAUGAUGUUGGUUGCUGUUAUUUUAGUGGUGUUUGCUUCGGUUCUGGUUUACUACAAAUAUCAAACGAAGGAUUGAGAUAAGCAAAAGGAAUGGCACCAUAUGGCUUACACCAAGUUUUCUGUGAAAUGUGAUAUGAAAGAAAUUAAGAGUUUGCUUUGUGUUUUUAUAAUGUGAUGAUUAAUUUGGUAA